GCAGUUGUGUGCUUUGCGCGCAACUCGGCCAGUCAUCGACGUGAACGCCACGGCUUCUGCUCGCUGGCGCCAACUCGAUUCCACUUCGGCAGAGUCUGGUUCGCAGUCAGAACAAAGCGCUAGUUUGUCUGGAUCAGAAGUCAUGAGUAGUUCGGAGGAGGUAUCAUGGAUCACAUGGUUCUGUGGCCUUCGUGGAAAUGAGUUUUUCUGUGAAGUCGACGAGGAAUAUAUUCAGGAUCGGUUCAAUUUGACAGGUCUCAAUGAGCAAGUGCCCAAGUAUCGACAGGCUCUUGACAUGAUUCUUGACUUAGAACCAGAAGAUGACAUAGAGGAUAACGCAACGAACACUGAUCUUGUUGAACAAGCCGCUGAAAUGCUUUAUGGACUCAUUCACGCUAGAUAUAUUCUUACGAAUAGAGGAAUCUCACAGAUGGUCGAAAAGUGGCGUGAUCAUGACUUUGGAGUUUGCCCACGUGUCUACUGUGAAAAUCAGCCAAUGCUUCCAAUUGGAUUGUCUGAUGUUCCUGGCGAGGCUAUGGUGAAAUUGUACUGUCCACGUUGCAAUGAUGUUUUCGUUCCACGAUCAUCACGUCAUCAACAUACUGAUGGAAGCUAUUUUGGCACCGGAUUCCCACAUAUGCUCUUCUUUGUUCAUCCUGAUCUGCGUCCACGCAGACCAGUCACUCAAUUCGUUCCAAAACUCUACGGUUUCAAAAUUCAUCCUGUUGCUUAUGGAGGACAGGAGGGAAACAGCGGCGGAAAUACGGCGAAUAACGUUGCCGCAGCACAAAACAACACGACUCCAGCCGGGCAACAAUCUGGAGGACAAUUCAAUAAUUAUGGUCUCUGAGCCACUUUCUUCCUUAUUUUUGUUUUGAUUUCUUCUUUCCAGUUUCCAUUCAGAAUGUCCCCCCUCUCAACACAACAUCCUUAUUUUCUUCAUUGUUUCGUUUUUUCUUCUCCCCAAAAUUUUCUUUUCCGACAAAACUCAAGAAUCCGGCGGUUCUUCCAUGCGUGUUUCUCUUCUUUUCUAAAUCUGUUCUAUUCCAACAUUAUGCGAAUUUAAGAAAUGAAUGAAACGGUAGAUCCCAU